AUCUCAGGGUCCUGGGAUCCAGCCCUGUGUCGGACUCUCUGUUCAGUGGGGAGUCUGCUUCUCCCUCUCCCUCUGUGAUCUCUCUAGCUUUUGCUCUCUCAAAUAAAUAAAUAAAUAAUCUUAAAAAAAAAAAGUAUGGAUUUUGUCAAUUAUUUUCUUCCUAUUGAUGUCAUUAUGUGAUUUUUGUUUUGUGUUUAUUGAUAUGUUAAAAAAUAGUUUUGCAUUCCUAGGAUAAAUCUCAAUUGGUCAAGGGGUAUAAUUCUUUUUAUAUAUGUUACUGCAUUUCAGUGUGCUAGUAUAUUGUUGAGAAUUUUUGCAUUUAUAUGCAUAAGAGAUACUGGUUUGUCUGAUUUUGGUAUUAAGGUAAUACUGACCUCAUAGAAUGAACUGGAAAGUUCUUCCUCUUCUGCUUUGAAGAGUUUAUGAAGAAUCAGUAUUUUUUUUUUAAGAUUUUAUUUCUUUAUUUGUCAGAGAGAGAGAGAGAGCAAGGAGGGGGAGCAGUAGGCAGAGGGAAAAGCAGGCUCCCCGCUGAGCAGGGAGCCCCAUGUAGGACUCAAUCCCAGGACCCUGGCAGGAUCAUGACCUGAGCCGAAGGCAGACACUUAACCGACUGAGCCACUCAGGUGUCCCAAUUACUAUUUUUUCUUUAAGUAUGUGGUAGAACUUAGCAAUAAAGCCAUCUGGGUCUUUGCUUUUCUUUAUGGAUGGUUUUGACUACUAAUUUAAUCUCUUCACUUGUUAUAGGUCUGUUCAGAUUUUGUGUUUCUUCUUGAAUCAAUUUUAGUAGAGUUUGUGUUUAAAACUACUCUAACUGUUGUUUUCAUCAAAAGUAUUUAAUUUAUUGGCAAAAAUUGUCUUAUUUUUAAAUAAUUUUUAAAAAAUUUCCUGUAAAGUCACUAGUAUGUUUCUUCUUUCAUUUCUCAUUUACAUAGUUUGAAUCCUUUUUCUUCAUCAGUGUAUUUAGAGGUUUAUUAAUCUUGUUGAUCUUUUCAGUGAACCAGUUUUUUAUUUCAUUGAUUUUUCUCUUUUGUUUUUCUAAUCUUUGUUUCAUUAAUUUCCACUAUAUUCUUUACUGUUUCUUUCUUUCUGCUUGCUUUAGGUUUAGUUUGCUCUUCUUUUUCCAGUGUUUUAAGGUGAAAGGUUAGGUUGUUGAUUUGAGAUCUUUCUUUUUUUUAAUCAGUAUAGGUGUUGCAGAAAAAAAUUCCCUCUAAGCACUCCCUGAAUUACUUGAAGGGGUUCCUUGUCACAGGAACCACUAGUAUUUUAGUUCUUGAUUGUUUUUUAUUCAUAACUAACCAAAAAAGUCUUAACUAUGCUUUUUUGAUGCCAAAAGUUAUACCUUAGAGCACUUAGUUAUAACUUAGAGCACCUAGAGUUAUACCUUAGAGAAAAAAUUCCUAAGUUGAUGUUGGCUAAUCAGUUAGGUACUUGAAACAGUUUUAAAGUGUUAUUUGAAAGUAGAACUUAAUUAUUUAUUUUUAUUAUGUUCAAUUAGCCAACACUGCAUUAUUGGUUUUUGAUGUAGUGUUCAGCGAUUCAUUAGUUGUAUGUAACACCCAGUGUGUGCCCUCCUUAAUACCCAUCACUCGGUUGGACUUAAAGCAUGAUGAAGCUAAUGGCAACCUCCAGCUACUUAAAUUAGUUCAAUAGAAAUUUAACGGGAUCCAGGAGGUUGCCAGUAUGCUUUAAGUCCAAGCUUUAAUUAUAAUCAUGAUUUUCAAGGACUCUAAUAGACAGGUCUGGUUAUACUGCAACAAAAUGAUGAGAACUGAAUGUUUAAAUUGUACAAACAUAGCUUAGAAGCCAGCUUUGAAGAUGAUUCUUAUUAUCUCUCUUCUCAUACCUCUGUUCCACUGGAUAAAAGGACUAACACUUUUUCCUCUUCAUUUUUAAAUAAAGUAAAUGUUAAAUUUAAAAAUUAGUCUUGUGGAGACUCAACAAUAAAUGAAGAAUUUUCAGGUAUUGCUCAGGUGUUAUUACUAGGUACCAAGACUGAUUUAAAUGUGUUCUAAAAAUCAGUGUAUUUCUCAGGGGAAGUAAUAAUAAAUAUGAAUAUCUGCUCUCAAUGUAUCAAAGCAGAUUAGCAUUAUAUAUUUGUUUUUGUUAGGUGAUUUGGUAUAUAAUAGAAAAUUUAUUCAAGUGGACUUUGAAAUAGCCAUUAAUAUAAAUGUGAAUGUCAAAGAAUGUUUCUAAGACAUUAUGUCAUGAUACAUCUACUUGUUUUUCCAUGUAAAAUAACAUUAGUGCAAUAUAAACAAGUAGAAAUGUAAAACAUUUGAAUUGCUUUCCUUUAUAUUAAAAUGGUUUAAAAUGUAAAAAAAGAAUGGCUUGAGAGAGCAAGGAGAGGUGACUGGCUUUGGCUUUUAUAUGGUUAGCGUGGGGCUGGGGUGAGGAUUUUUGUACACAGGCCAGGGCUUGUGUACUUUGAACUUCCUGCCGGUGCUAAGGGAGCACUUGGGCUUUAUUUCUUUGUCCAGAUGUUGGCAAGAAGGAGAAGUACGAGUGGUGGGGCUUGAAAGCUGUCAGCAGUCAAACAUCAAAAAUGAAGUCAGACUCUUAAUUACAUAAAACCAUAAUACCUCCUGCUCUGCCCUCCAGUCGUUAACUGUCCUGGCAACCACUAAACUGUUGUCCAUUUCUAUACUUUUGCUAUUUCAAGAAUGUUGUAUAAAUAGAGUAAUACACUGUGUUACCUUUUCAGGUUGGCUCUUUUCAUUCAUCGUCAUUCUCUAGAGAUGCAUCCAAGUUGUUGAAUAUACUCAUUCUUUUUAUUGCAGGUAGUGUUCCAUAGUAUAGUAGUACCUCAGUUUAUUCUUCCAUUGCAGGACAUCUGGGUGGUUUCCAGUUUGGGGCUAUUAUGAAUACACUGCAGUGAACAAUUGUGUACAAGUUUUUCUGUGGACAUAAGUUUUCAUUUUGGAGGUAUAUAUGUCUGGGUGUACAACUGCUAGGUUGUAUGGUAAGUUUUUAAGAAACUGCCAGACUGUUUCCCAGAGUGGCUAUACAAUUUACAUUCCCACUAGUAAUGGAUGAGUGAUCUGGUUUCUUUGUAUCUUCAACAGCAUUUGAUGUUGUCACUGUUUUUUUUUUUUAUUUUAGCUAUUCUGAUAGAUAUAUAGUGAUUAUCUUAUAUAGUGAUUUUAAUUUGAAUUUCUCCAAUGGCUAAUCAUGUUAAACAUUUUUUCUUGUCCUUAUUUGUAUUUAUCUUCAUGUCUUUUGCCCAUUUUCUUAUGGAAGGAAUUAUUUGCCUUUUUUACUGUUGAGUUUUGAGAAUUCUUUAUAUAGUCAGAUAUUAGUCCUUUGUCAGGUAUGUGCCUUGUAAAUACUAUCUUCCAGUCUGUAGUUUGUCUCUCAUGCUCUCAACAAGGGUCUUCCUAGAGCAGAGUUUUACAUUUUGAUGAGGUCCAGUUUAUCAAUUUUCCCUUUUAUGGAUCAUGCUUUUGGUGUCAAUUCUAAUAACUUUGCUUAGACUUAGAUCAUAAAGAUUUUCUCCUAUGCUUUUUUCUAAAAGUUGUAUAGUUUUAUGUUUUAUAUUUAAGUCUGGGAUUCAUUUUGAAUUGAUUUUUGUAUAAGAUGUAAGGUUUAAGUUGACUUUCAUUACUUUGCCUAUGAAUGUCCAAUUCCUCCAUCAGUAUUUGUUGAAAAGACUAUCCUUCCUCCUUUGAAUUGCUUUUUGCACCUUUAUGAAGAAUCAGGUGGGCAUAUCUGCAGAGUAGACUCCUAUGCUGUGGUGUGGCCUGCAGCAUAAUCUCUUUCCCUAGGUGUGAAAUAACAUUCACUGAGAGCCCAAAAUGUGCCCAGGUAGUUUAUACUUAAACCCCACAACCACUCCCAUUUUAUAAAGUGAGGCCACAGAGAUUUUAAGAGGUAAAGUGAUGCCUCCAUAGUCAUACAGUUAAUAAGUGGGGAGGUGGAUUUGAACCCAGGUCAGUCUUAGUUCAUGUUCUCUUCUCUGUACACUAAGCUCUGAUGUCUCCUGAAAGUGGCUUAAACCUUUGGACAGCCUCCAUUAUGAUGAAUUACAAAAGGAAAUAAGGAGUUUAGUAGAGAGCUGGAUUUGUAGUGUCCAAAUUAUAGUUCUUAAUGCAUUGGUGGGGUCACAGUCAUUUAAGGGAUUCCUAAUCAGCAUUUGUUUUGUUUUUGAAUUGCUUAUUUGAGAUAUUUUAAAAUAUUAUAUUACAAUAUUAGUAAAGUCACAUUCGAUACUACAAAUUAGUUGGAUAUAUUUGUGUUGGUCUAUUUCAGGUUUUUCUUUUCCACUGAUUUAUGUGUCUCUUCCUCCACUAGUACCACAGUUUCUCUCUUUUUUAAGUUUUUAUUUAAAUUCCAGUUUGUUAACAUACAAUGUCAUAUUAGUUUCAGGUGUACAAUAUAGUGAUUCAACACUUCCAUACAUCACCCUGUGCUCAUCACAAGUGCACUCCUUCAUCCCCAUCACCUAAAUUGACCCAUCCCCCACCCACCUCCCUUCUGGUAACCAGCAGUUUGUUCUCUAUAGUUAAGGGUCUGUUUCUUGGUUUGGCCUCUCUCUCUCUUUCUCCCCCCCCCUUUUGCUCAUUUGUUUUGUUUCUUAAAUUCCACAUAUGCAUGAAAUCAUAUGGUAUUUGUCUUUCUCUGGCUGACUUAUUUCACUUAACGUAAUACUCUCUAGCUCCAGCUAUGUUGUUGCAAAUGGCAAGAUUUCGUUCUUUUUGAUGGCUGAGAAAUACUUCAGUGUAUAUGUAUACCAUAUCUUCCUUAUCUGUUCAUACGCUCUGGCUUUUUCCAUAAUUUGGCUAUUGUGGACAAUGCUGCUAUAAACAUUGCGGUGCAUGUAUCCCUUUGAAUUAGUAUUCUUGUAUUUGGAUAAAUACCUAGUAGUGCAAUUGCUGGAUCCACAGUCUUGAUUAUUAUAGCUCUAAGUCUUGAAGUUAAAUAGAUGAUGUCCUCAUACUUUAUUCUAAUUUUUAAAAACUGUUCUGCCUAUUGUAAUUCCUUUGUUUUUCCACAUAAAUUUUAGGAUAAUCUUGUCUAUAUAUACAAAAAACUUCGCUGAGAUAUUGACAGGAGUAGCAUUAAACAGGUAGAUCUUUUGGUGGAGAAUUGACAUCUUUACUAUGUCACGUCUUCCAGUAUAUGAUACGUUAUGUCUGUCCAUUUAUUUAGAUCUUUGCUUUCUUUCAUCAGCCAUUUGUAAUUUUUAACAUACAAGCCCUGUAAAUGUUUUCCUGUAUUCUGGGAUAUUUCUUAGUUUACCACCAUAUGUGACAAUCUAGCCCUGGUCUGCUUAAUAUUGGCAGGCAUGAUCAUGCAAAUCUUCCUGUGUCCUCUUUUCAUACAUCCAAAGAUGAUCCUGGCUACCAGGAUCUAACUGCACCAUCAUUCUCACAUCCCUCCUGAACAAUAAUAUUGGUUAUUUUAGUCUCUUGCCAGUGACAUCUGAUGUCCCAGCAAAUGGCAUUGCCCACUGCGAUGCUGAAAAACUACUCCUGAGGUCCCAGCAGCGACACGGCUAACAUAGAUUUGGUUCGCACUCUGCUGGGUAGACCCUGAGCAGGAGUGAUGCCUCCAGGCAGGUGGUAUGCUGUCCAUCCAGCUCAGGCCCAGGCUUCAAGGGAACGAGGGCGUCUUCAGAUGGUAAAGAAGGAAGAAGAGGAUGAAGGCUACACUUCAGUGCAGGCUGACAGGCCACAGACACUCAACCGUUCUGGCCAGGAACUAUUUCGCCAGCUCUUCAGGCAGCUUCGUUACCAUGAAUCUUCUGGGCCCCUAGAGACUUUGAGCAGGCUCCGGGAGCUCUGCCGCUGGUGGCUGAGGCCUGACAUUCUCUCCAAGGCCCAGAUCCUGGAGCUGCUGGUGCUGGAGCAGUUCCUGAGCAUCCUGCCUGGGGAGCUCCGGACCUGGGUACAGCUGCAUCACCCUGAGAGUGGUGGGGAGGCUGUGGCCCUGCUGGAAGAGCUGCAGAGGGACCUCAAUGGGACACCAUGGAGGGACCCAGCCCUUGCCCAGAGCCCAGAUGUACGUUGGAUGGGUACAGGAGCCCUGCGAGCCUCACAGAUAUGGCCCCCUGCUUCACCUCUCAGGAGCGGCUCUACUCUUGGGGACCACCUGGAGCCUCCCUGUGAAAUAGGAGUGUGUGACCUCCUGGCUGGGCAAUCCGAGCCUCCUGUUGCCCAGGUGCCUGCCCUUUCCCAGAGAGAGGUGUGUCCAGGAGACCCAUUGACAUCCCAGCCUCGGGAGGCUGUGACUUUCAAGGAUGUGGAAGUGACAUUCUCCCAGGAUGAGUGGGGAUGGCUGGACCCUGCUCAGAGGAACUUGUACAGAGAUGUGAUGCUGGAGAAUUACGGGAACGUGGUUUCUCUAGUGGGACCAUUCACCAAACCUGUUCUGAUUUCCUGGUUGGAAGCAAGGGAGCCAUGGGGCCUGAAUGUCCAGGGAGCUCAGCCUAAGGGGAAGCCAGGUGUUGCCCCUGCAGGAGGUGAGCUCCAGAUUAAAACAAACAAGUUCGUCUUAAAACAUGAACCUUUGGAAGAAGCAGAAACCUUAGCUGUGCCAUCAGAAUGUUGGAUGAUGAGUGUUUCUGAGGGAAUGGGGCUCAGAGAAUCUUUUGAACAGAAGAGCAGGCUAAAGGAACAAUGUAGAAGUCCCAUACAAGUAAGAGUUAAGAAAGAAGAGACCAAUUUCAGUCAUAGGACAGAAAAAGAAUCUGAAGAAUCAGGAAGAAGUACUAGUCGUAAUUUAAAACAUGCCACAUAUUUGAGAGUUCCCAGAAGAAAGCGAUCCCUUAAACAUGGCUGUAGCAGACACUUCCGAGGGAGUUCAUACCACUAUGACUACAAGGAAUAUGGGAAAGGGCUCAGGCGCAUAGUUGGCGGAUUUAGCCUACAUCAGAGAAUUCAUGCUGGACUAAAAGCAAAUGCGAAGGAUGCACGUGGGAAAGACUUCAGCCUUAGCUCACAUCACCAACAUGGGCAGAAUCUUCACAUGGUGGGGACGUCAUAUAAGUGCAGUGACUGUGGGAGGACCUUCAGUCAUAGCUCUCAUCUUGCAUGUCAUCAGAGACUUCACACUCAAGAGAAACCAUUUAAAUGCAGGGUGUGUGGGAAAGCCUUCAGGUGGAGCUCAAACUGUGUGCGACACGAAAAGAUUCACACAGGAGUGAAACCUUAUAAGUGUAGUUUAUGUGACAAGGCUUUCCGACGUAUGUCUGCCUACCGUCUACACCAGGAAACCCAUGCUAAGCAGAAAUUUCUUGAGUCUAAUCAGUAUGAGGAAGCUCUCACCUAUGGCUCAGGAUUUGAUCAUCAUUUGAGAGACCAAAGUGGGGAGAAACCCUUUGACUGCAGCCAGUGUAGGAAAUCCUUCCACUGUAAAUCAUAUGUUGUUGAACAUCAGAGGGUCCACACUCAGGAGAAACCUUAUAAAUGUACCAAAUGUAGGAAAACCUUUAGGUGGAGGUCAAACUUUACUCGUCAUAUGAGAAUGCACCAGGAAGAAAAGUUCUAUGAUCAAGACACAUGUAGAGAAGACUUCAGACAGACCUCCAGCUGCAGUCAGCCCCAGAAUGCCCUGGCUACAGAGAAAGCUUUUCCUUGUCAGCAGUGUGGGAAAACUUUUACUCGAAAGAAAUCCCUCAUUGAUCAUCAGAGAAUUCACACGGGUGAGAAGCCAUACAGAUGUAGUGAAUGCAAAAAAGAGUUUACCCAUCGGUCAGCCUUUAUUGCUCAUAAGAAGCAGCAUGCCAUUCAGAGAAAACCUGAGGAUGGGCCAUCGUUUAGUCAGGAAAGAGUUCUACAAGUUCCUCAGAGCAGUCAUACCACAGAGGAAGCCUACAAAUGUAGCCAGUGUGGCAAAGCCUUCCGUAAUCACUCAUUCCUCCUCAUCCAUCAGAGAAUUCAUACCAGAGAGAAGCCUUAUAAGUGCAGAGAAUGUGGGAAAGCUUUCAGAUGGAGUUCUAACCUCUCCCGUCAUCAGAGGAUUCACUCUUUAGAAAAACAGUAUGAGUACCGUGAAAGUGGAAACACGCCAAAUCUGCAGCCACAAAUCCUCACUGGUGAGAAACCUUUUUGGUGCCAAGAAUGUGGGAAAACUUUUACACGUAAAAGAAGUCUUUUAGAUCAUAAGGGAAUACACAGUGGAGAGAAGCGCUAUAAGUGUAAUCUGUGUGGGAAAUCUUAUGAUAGAAAACAUCGCCUUGUUAAUCAUCAGAGAAUCCACACUAAAGAGAGACCUUUUAAAUGUCAAUGGUGUGGGAAAGAUUUCAUUGGAAGACAUACCCUCUGCAUUCAUCAGAGAAAACACACCAGAGUGGCACAGUCUGAAUGCAGCCUGGCUGGGUUGUCUUCCUGCCAGGACACAGGGGUGAGUUUACAGGAAUUAAAACCAAGUGGGGAGAAGCCCCUUGAAGAUUCUGAGGAAGCUUGUGACCAGAGCUCCAGGAUCACUGGACUCCAGAACAUACCCAUUGGGAAAAAGUGCCACAAGUGUAGCACUUGUGGGAAAACUUUUAACAAAAGCUCACAGCUCAUUAGCCACAAGAGAUUUCAUACUCGAGAGAGGCCCUUCAAAUGCAGAGAGUGUGGGAAGACCUUCAGGUGGUCUUCAAAUUUGGCUCGGCAUAUGAAAAACCAUACUAGAGAUUAGCUUGGAGUCUGACAGUGGGGGGAGAGGGGUUCCUAGCAGCCCUGCAAGAGAACCCUUAAUUAUAGGCAGUAUGGGGGAAAGCUUCACAAAGGGUCUAGCCCUUUCUGUUUUCAAAUCUGGUGGCAGAGAAUCCUGAGGAUUCAAAAACUCAGGGCAUCCCCUUUCUUACCUGCUGGGGAGUGUGAUGCUGGGGAAGAACAGCAACCUGUUCUUUGGGGCCCUUCUGGAGGCUUGGGCCCCUGAAGUGGCCUUUGCACGGUGGCCUGGAGCCCCCAGCCAGAUAAUAAGUCGAAAAGCAGAUACUAUUGCCCUUUGUAGUUUGACAAAAUGUCUGUGAUGUAAUGGGCUGUGGCUGCUGGAAAAGGGCCAGUUGAAUCCUGUGGUAGUGCAUAUUCUGUUUGACCUUAUAAGCAGCAGCAAUAGCAAGAACUUCUAGUCUCCCCUAGAUGCCUCCUGGGAGUUCUGGCUGCAGCUUUGGCCUUCAUAUCUCGCUUGGACAUCUGCCGUGGGCAUACAGUUGUCUCAGCAACACAUGGAGGAGAGCAGAGUUGGACUCAGUCACCUGAAGAAUGGGGCUCUUCCAGUGCCCUGUCGCUGUCUCCACCCCACAGUCUGCAUGGGCAACAGCAGGCCGUCUGUUCAACAGAAAUGUGCUGAGCACCUCCCAUAUGCCAGACACUGUUGUGUGUGCUAGAGACCCAGCAGUGACCAGAACAGACAAAAGAUCUGCCAUCUUGGAUAUUUACAGACAAUAAACAAAUGAGUUAUAUAGUACUUCAGAUGGUGAUAUGUGUUGUGGACAGAAUGAAUCAGAGAAAAGUGAGAAGCAGUGCUGGAUUAGGAGGUGGGUUGUGAUUUUAAGUAGGCUGGUAGGGAGGACUUCAACUGAGAAGGUGAAACUUGAGCAAAGACCUGAAGGAGGUUAGGGCAUGGACCCUGUGGGUCUCUAGAUCCAGGCACAGGAGGUAGAAUCUUGUCUGCUGUCCUUGGAGAAUGGCAGGGAAGUCCCUGGGCUAGAGUGGAGUGAGCCAGCAGAAGAGAGGGCCCCAGAGGUAGUGGGCCACGCCAUGUAUCAUGGGUCCCCACUGGGGCUAGAGCUUCCUCAAAGGGAGGUAGGGAGCUUUGGGACAGUUUUAAUUUGAGGAGUGACGUGGUCUGAAUCUGAGUUACAUUUACAAGGUUAACCACAGAUCUAGGGACUCUGAAAUUAUAUAGCUGAAAGAUUUUUAUGCAGUUAUCUCUGCUGUCAGUUUCCAAUAAUGGGACUCUCUCCUCUCCCCUCAAAGGGCCUGAAUUUUUUAUCAGACCUCCAGCUCUCAACAGUUGAAAAUGUUUAAUUAUUGUGCUUGCUUGCAUCUCUAACUUGUGGACACUAUGGGGACCCUUUAACCUUUCGUGUAGCUUUCUUCGCAUGUUGGAUCUGGUGCUGGCAUCGGGUUCAACCCAAAGGUACCAGUUCCCAUGACUGAUGCCCUCUGGAGAAAAGGUGGCCUGGUGGGGGAGGCACCUCCAUCUCACUUGCUAGCUUGACUUGAAACAAAAAGAAAGAAUUAGCUCAGUGGCAUAAGGAGUGACUUUUCUAAAAUUUGUGCAAGUAGUCAUUGCUUCUGGUUAUUGAAGAGCUCACAUUAUGAAUAUAAGAAUAAAAUAUCUCACUUGAUAGUAGAGGACCAUCUCAGACUACAUUUUAAUGCUUUGAGUCAGGGCACACUGGUGGGGCAGACCAUUUCUUGUAAUACAAGAGAAGAAACCAACCUGGAAAAUGUCCUCUCAGUAGAGUACAAGUAAUCUUAUCCUUUCUGAAUUGUUGUGGGCAAGUGAAAAUGAAGACUUUGAUACUUUGUGAUGAUGUCAUAUGGAAUAGUCAGAGGGUGGGGAGAAGGGGCAGACAUAUGUUCGUGUUCUGGUCCCCAUUCAGCUUUGUACUCAGGAGGGUUUGGUAAUCCUGGCUCUGCAUCCUUUUCCUACAGCAGCAGCUGCGCAUGGCAUGGAAUCAGGUGUCCCAUCAGUGGUAUAGUACCAAAAACUGUUUCUAGUAGUGGCUGGGCAGGCAUCAGAGUCCCAUGUGCUGAGGCCCCAGGGUCAUGGGGCGGGCCUUGGAGUUACCAGAUCUGGGUUCCAGGCUCAGUGUGCCUUUUCUUGGCAGGAUGAUCUUGGACAAGUCGCUGAACACCUGCAUCUAUUUUCUGGCAUGUAAAGUUAGAGUAAUUAAGCUCCCUGAUUUCUAGGAUUGAGAAAGAAGGCUUGGUGUGCAAAGGCUCUGGGUUAGGUAGCUGAUCUCUAGGACCAGAGCCCUCACAGAGCUGCAGCUCCACGUCAGCUCCGGCUUCAAAUCUGGUGCUACAACUGAGGAAAUACCUCUUUUCUGUCCAUAUUUUCACAUCCUCCCCACCCCCCAACUCCUUGUGCCACUGUCACCUCACAGAGUUCCUGCCCCAAUAGGGGUUUUCUAUUGCCAUUUUUAUAAAGUGAGAUAUACUUAUUUUUAAACACUCAAACCAAAUUUUCAAGUGUACAAAGAAGUGAAAAUCAACAGAAAUUCCUCUAUACUGAGGUAAGCCUUUAAUAUUUUGGGAUUGUACUGAUGGGGUCUGUUCAAUAACCUGAAUUUUUAAAUAAUUUUAAUUAUAUGAGUAAUACAUGAUUAUUAUAGAAAUAUUAGUAAAUACAGCUUAGCUAAAAGGAGAAGUCUCACUACUUGCAGCCAACUACUAAACAUUUUGGUGCAAUCAUUGUACCAAUCAUUGUUGGAUUUAACUUCACUGCCUGCCCCUGAACACCCCUGGACUGGCCUGACUUGUGCUGUCCCCCUUCACCAGGAGUGUAGACCAUAUCUGUGCUGGCUCAGGUCCUCAUCCAUCAAGGUUAACCCUUGCCAUCCCUAACCCUUGUCUGUCUAAGACCUCUCCCCUGGCCCCGCCUCUCUUGGUGCCUGUAUCUUACUCUGCUAGGUGGUGUCCAGGUUUCCAAGAAUUAGGCCUGCUACUGCAGCAGACAGGGCACUCUGGAGGCCGGGUUGGGUGCUUAUUUAUCUGUUUGCCAUACAGAGAUUUUGUACAAAAUUACCUCUAUUAAGGAAUAUGGAACUGAACUUAGUUCAGCUAAGUUAGGAUUGGAGUGUUUUGAAGGGGUCCUGAGUACAGUGUUGACUGGAGGUUACCCACAAGCGCCACUAGUUAGCACCAGCUGUAGGUGGUUCCAAGCCAUGCAGCUCCAGCUGAAAAUUUCUGACUGCCUCAGCCACUAGUUCUCCUGUCGUACCCCAUUCUGGCCUGGAGAAUAUGUAGGCUUCUUUGAACCCUGCCUUGCUUUCUUUUGCUGCCUAGGAAGAACCGAAGUUGGGGCUGAGGAGAGCCAGAGGGCUGGGACUCUCAGAGAGGGGUAGGUAUUGGAAAGUCUUUGAAUCAGUUGUUCAGGUGGUUGACCCCUGCCUUGCUGAUAGACCGUCAGCCCACACAGAGACAUGUAUGGAGAAGAAAGCACAGGAAAUAUAGGUUAGUAUGGACUUCUCACACUCCUCAAGAUGACAAGUUUUACAAGCCCUAGCAUGGGUACAUGUGUAGAACAGUGGGAACUCACUGCUGUGGGAGUGGAAAUUUUGUAGUACCUAUGCCAGGCAGUCUGCAAAAUCUUGUGUGUGCAUACCACCAGCAGUUCUGCUCCUGCAUAAACCCUAGAAGAACUUCACGUAGGGAGGAACAUUUGUAUAAAACUAUUCAUUGCUGUACUGUUCAUUGCAGUAUUGUGUAGGUAGCAAGACUGGGAAAGGCCCAAAUGUCCAUCAACAGGAAAAAAAAAAAAGGGUUGUUUUUGGUACUUUGGGAAGUGAAUAUGAAAGAGCUAGAGUUUCAUCUUUCAACAUAGAUAAAUCAGAAAUGCUGAGAAAGUUGUAGAAGUUAUGUACAAUAUACCAUUUAUGUAAAAUUAAACAUUGUUUAUCUGUGGGCACAUUAUUUAAACUUAAUUUGUGUUUCACUUUUUUAAUGAAAUGGAAUAGUAGUUGCCAACCUCACAAGAUAAUUGGGGGUGGGGGAAUGGUUAAUGAAAUAAUGCAUGUAAUAAAGUGUUUUGAUUAGUGGCUGGCAUGCAACAUCGUUGGCAUAUAGUAAACAAUGUUGUUACUGUUUUGCACAAUAAUAUAUUCCUGUGGAUUCAAAUUAUAUGAUGAAGAGUAUAAAAUCAUUUAUUGGAAUGUUGUGUGAAAGUUGUGUUCUGCCUUUUCAUGGCAGAGCUGCUGAUGGAAUGGGGGGGUAGAUGGAAGCUGCAGUUGUGUUUUAUUUCAUUUUAAAAAUUGAUGUAGAUGGGUCGCAUGUUGCUUAAUGGGAUAAAUUUUUUUUUUUUUUUUUUUUUACUGUUUGCUUAAAAUACUUAAAAAUAAAAUUUUUUAAGCAUGGGCUUUGGCAUCUUACAAUUUUAUAGAAAUCCUGGUUCUGCCAUUUAUAUAAUGUUACUUAGAGUGAGCCAUUUAAUCUUUCAAGGCUUUAGUUUCUUCGCCUACAAAAAUGAGUAGCAACACAAAUGGCUAUUAGUAAAAGAAUGGUUGAACAGUUCUGGUGCAUCUUUGAUGAAAUACCAUGCAUCCUCUUAAAAAGAUCGAGGAUAUUCUCUGUGUAUUGUAUUGAUGUCCAAGACAUAGAGUUUAUAGGAAAUUAUGAGCUCUAUUUUCUUUAACCUUUUUGCCUAAAAAUAGCAAGUGAAGCCAGAAGCUCUAGACUCAAAAGUUUAAGAAACGGGAAAAAAAAGUUUAAGAAAUGGGAUCCUGUGGAUGAUGUUUAGUCAGCCAUUCCAUUUUAUUAGGUAAGUGAAGGAAGAUGAGUAAAUGUUUUUAUGCACAACUGGCACACCUAUUAAGCUAAUGCUAACCCUGUAGAAGAGCAAAGAGGACUUGUAUUACCCAGGUUAUAGUCAGGAGCCAGAAACCAUACCAAUUAUUUUAAGAAAAAGAACUUAGAAUUGUUUAAUAGGUAUAUCUAAGUAACUAAAAAGGCAAAAGAAAGUGCUAAUUUAUCAUGGAGGCAGUGACUUGAGACCUGGUGCCAUCCCAAGACUGGGGGAACUGUAACGGAGUCUGACCCCAUUUUUGAUGUUUGACCACUGACAGCUUUUAAGCCCUCCCCCUCCCCCUUUUGCCUCACAUCUGGGCAAGCUGAUAAGAAAGCCCAGGUACUCCCUCAGCACCUGAGGUGAAAUUUAUGCAAACCCUGGCUUUUUCCAUUACCCUGGAAACCCACACCUGUAACUACAAUAAAAAUCAGAGCUAUUUGCCCCUCCUUGCAGUCAGUGCAAACUGACUAGCUUGGGUGCCUGUCUUACUCUUCCCAGAGAGCCACAUUAUGUGAAUAAUAAAAUUUUUCAUGACCUC